AUGAUUGGCGUUGUGGAAGCCCCCGAGGAUGGUGCAGAGGCCGAUCGUGGGGUGAACGAGGAAGGCGACAGUAACGAUGGUGGUGUACAUGCCAAUGUACUUGGUGAUGUGCAUACCAAUGUACUUGGUGAUGUACAGGGAGGUGUGCCCGUGACAACCCUGGGGGGAGAGAAUAUCAAGAACCAAGGAGUGCACACAAAUGUGAAGCUAGGCGGAAUGGAGGGCUCGGCGGCAAUGAAGGACCAGGCGACAACAAAGGAGCUGGAAAACAGAGAAGGAGGAGGCAUUCCUGAUAGAAACAACUCUUUAAAGGAAGUGCAGCCAAUUGGACCUCCCGAUGUUGCCAACGCAGUUACUUCCUAUAUGUUACACAUACCAAAUGCAUUACAUUCCAAUGAUGGUUGUUACAAUGCGCUUAGUUCUAAUUCUGGAUGCAGAGGAAAAGCUGAGUUAAAAGUGGACUACGCCAGGAAGACGAUCGAAAAUGCGAAGGAGAUCUUGCGAAAUAGCGACCAGUGUGUGAUGAGGGAACCCAAAUUGGAUACAGAUGAAUUGAAUGAUAUGGCAAAAUUUUUGCACAACAAGGAUGGUGAAAUAGGUGCAGUUGGGCACCUCUCCACGAGGGAAACAAACGACUUAAACAUGGCACCCCCGUUUGAAAGCUCGAACUCAUCCCUCCCAUUCAUCAUCAAGGGCAUGUCGGAGACUUUAGAUUACAUCCUCUCAAUCGACAAAACGAAAAAUAAAAAGAAGAACGAACUAAUACAAGUCGUGCAGAACGCACACAUGCUUUUGCGGUCAAAUUACAAUCUGGUUCUCAAGUGUAAUUCCAAUCUAUCCAUAACCGUAAAAAAGAUUAGAAGGUUGUAUAGGCUUUACAGGAAGUUAAGUAGAUCUGUACGCAUGUCUAGGAAGGAGCAGACAGUUGUUGUGGACGAUGCUCCAGAUGUACUACCCAGUCGAUAUAGCGACAAGGAGGAGAAUCACUUCGUUGGUGGUAUUCCUAAUGAUAAUGAUCAUAGCACCAAAAAAGGGGGGAAUCUUAACGGACAAGGUGAAGUACGCGAGGGGGUUGUAAACGAGGGGGUUGUAAACGAGGGGGUUGUAAACGGGGGGGUUGUAAACGGGGGGGUUGUAAACGAGGGGGUUGUAAACGAGGGGGUUGAUAAGGUAAUUGAGGGGGAUCCUACCCAAGGUAACGAUAAAACGAUUGGUUCUGCGCAAGGGGAGGACAAAGGGGUGCAGAGAAACAUCUGUUCAAGUGUUCCUUCAUCAGUUGGAUGUGGAUACAGUUACAACCUUAGGCAGAUAGAUCCCCAGGUCGAUCCCCCAUGUGGAGACCUAAACCCUGCUUUGGCAAAGGAAAAAGAAAAAGAUACUCUGUUCAGUGAGAACCCACCAAAUGAAGAGGUAAUCAGUGGAACAAAUCCCCACGAGAUAUUGAUGAACGGAGAAACGCAGCAAGAGGAAGUCGCUCAUGGAACUGUCGAUGCGAAUCAGGGGGGCCCAUAUACACACCUUGACGAAAUCACAGUAAAGAACUGCGACCCCAGAGACACGCAAGGAGGUAGCAAUUGCGUGGGAAAGGAAGACUGCUCGUUGAGUUCAAAAAAAAAAUUAAGCUACGCCUUCGUUAAGGGUGAGGAGGAGGAUCGACAUUAUAAAAAUCUCACGAGCAUUGAAUCCAAAUCGACAGCCAUGUCGAACCGGAAGGAAGACGCGGAGUCGUCAAUCGAGACGGAGGAGAGAAAAAAAAAAAAAAACACACAACGGAAUGUAAAAGGGGAAAAGGCGAAUAACGCGGAGAGUGUAGAAAAAAUGCACUCCGCGCGCAGUUUAACGAAGGAACAAAACAAGAACAAAAAAAAGGAACGAGAAAAAAAGAAAAUCCUGCGACAGCUCAGCAAGCUCAACUCGCUAUUCUUCUUAACAUUCAACCACAAGGGAGACAUUAUAAACUACCUGCACAGGGAGAUACGCUCAAGCAUUUCCGAGUUCGAUGCGGCUUACCAGCUUUAUGUGUCCAAGUAG